AAGUCCAGAACACAAGACCGCAACCCAAAGCUAAAACCUGGUAUUCAUUACCCAUAAAAAUAAAUCACCACCAACACAAAAUUUAAUUUCUUCAAAUCCCACCACCACUGGUACACACACCUCCAUUCCAUUCCAAUUUCCAAACAAUACUACAAUACAUACAAGUGGCAAUAUAUAUAAUUUAUAUAUCUAUAGGCAUAUAUAGCCCUGAUCAAAUCAAAUGCACCCACAAACCCUAACUAAAACCCACACUAUAAAUCAAUGCCAAAAUCUUGUUCAUCCCCAUCAACAAUAAUAACAAAAAAUUUUUCAAGUCAUCAGCCAUGGCAAAACCACAAUCAUCAUCAAUUUACUUGCAAAAAAAGAAAAGAUCUUUUUUAGUAGUAUUUUUAGCACUUUUAUCAGUCACUACUGCAGUCAUUUUUAUUAUCCGAGCCACUUCUUCUUCUUCUUCUUCAUGUGAUUGUGAUGUCAUAAAAGUCAAACCUUCCAAGACUUCUUCACCUUCACCGCCAUUGAUGAUGAAAGUCAAAGUAACAAAUCCCUUAAGUUUCAUGAAGUCUAAACUUGUUCUUCUUGUUUCACAUGAGCUCUCUCUUUCUGGUGGGCCAUUGUUGUUAAUGGAAUUAGCAUUUUUAUUAAGAGGUGUUGGUUCUGAAGUUUGUUGGAUUACAAUUCAAAAGCCUUCAGGAAAAGAUGAAGUUAUUUAUAGUUUGGAAAAAAAGAUGUUAGACCGUGGUGUUCAGGUGUUCUCUGCUAGGGGUAAAGAAGCUAUAGAUACAGCCAUGAAAGCUGAUUUGGUUGUUUUGAACACUGCUGUUGCUGGAAAAUGGCUUGAUGCCGUUCUUAAUAAAGAUGUCCCUCGAGUACUGCCAAAGGUUUUGUGGUGGAUUCAUGAAAUGAGAGGUCAUUACUUUAGAUUGGAUUAUGUUAAGCACCUGCCAAUGGUUGCUGGCUCUAUGAUUGAUUCGUACGUAACAGCUGAAUAUUGGAAGAAUAGGACUCAAGAACGCUUGAAGAUUCGGAUGCCAAAGACGUAUGUUGUUCACCUUGGAAACAGCAAAGAACUUAUGGAUGUAGCUGAAAAUAGUGUGGCAAAAAGGGUUCUGAGGGAGCAUGUUAGGGAGUCCCUUGGAGUUCGUAAUGACGAUAUACUUUUUGCUGCCAUAAAUAGUGUUUCUCGUGGCAAAGGGCAAGAUCUAUAUCUGCGGUCAUUUUAUGAGAGCUUACAAUUGAUUCAAGAAAAGAAGUUGCAGGUUCCAUCAAUACAUGCCGUAAUAGUAGGCAGUGACAUGAGUGUCCAAACUAAGUUUGAAACAGAACUACGCAACUUUGUGGCACAGAAGAAAAUCCAACAUCGGGUUCAUUUUGUGAACAAGACUCUAACUGUAGCCCCAUAUUUAGCUGCAAUCGAUGUUCUAGUCCAGAAUUCUCAGGGCCGAGGAGAGUGCUUUGGGAGAAUAACAAUCGAAGCCAUGGCGUUCCAGCUUCCUGUACUGGGAACAUCAGCUGGAGGUACUGCAGAAAUUGUGGUGAAUGGAUCAACAGGGUUGCUGCAUCCUGCCGGAAAAGAAGGCGUGAGUCCUCUUGCCAAAAACAUGGUGAAACUGGCAACACAUGUUGAAAGAAGAUUAACAAUGGGGAAGAGAGGUUAUCAGAGGGUGAAAGAAAGGUUUUUAGAAAAUCAUAUGGCGGAUAGAAUAGCUGGUGUUCUGAAAGAAGUACUUCACAAGCCAAAGGGUCCUCAUUUAAGAGGUGGAACACCAUAGCAAUCGACAAAGUUAAAAACUCUUUAGUUGAAAUAAACGAGCUAGUAGUUAGCAGUAUGACACCACAGUGACAUUCAGUUGGGCAGUAUACAAUGCUCGAACCACGUAUACUUGGGAUGAAACUCAGGACUCUCGAAAAAACCCUCCUGCGGUGCUCGAACCAUGCAUACAUGAGAUGAAACCAGGACUCUUGAAAACCCUCUUAAUAAUCCACUCCUACAAAUGUUGAAACUGAGAUUCGAACCCGGUUGAAUUUAUUCGAGAUCAAAGACCUUAUCAAUGAGCCAUCAAUGGAUUGAUUUUGAAAAUUAGGUUAAAAGUGUUCAAUGACAUGUUUGAGACUCUUGUUUGUCAUCUUGAUUAGUAUGUAGUAUUCUACAUCCUAUGAGUUUUUUUU